AUGGUCCAGCCCGUCCCUGACGACCUCGAAGGCAGACCUGUCCUCCGUGACCGUACUCUGACCAGCUCCAGCGAGCAGGCGCUUCUCGCUGACGCCGUCACUGUCAUUGUGGCAGUGUGCAGCUUGCUGUCCGUCGCCGCUUCGCUUGUCCAGAGGCUGCAGAAGCUGCGCAAGCUUCGCGAGGCUCACAGGGGCUGCAGCGCAACAACCAGGUGGUGCUCCUGGUGGCGGCAGCAGCAGUCUUACAGCCCGGGCACCGACGCAGCCUCCAAGCAGCGCCCACCAGACCACGAGCAGCAGCAAAAUCAGCCGUGCCAGCGCCAGCGCAAGCUCUUUAGCGUGCCUGCUCCGCCAGUGCCACCGCCCAGCAGGUGGCUCAGGGAGCAGGAGCAGGAGGAGGACCUGUAUAGGCAGCGGGGACAGGGCGCAGACGGCGGCUCCGAGGACGACCUGCAGCCCCAGCCCUUGCCUGAAGGCCGCCAGGUCUGCAAGGACCAGGGACGACCGCAGCAGCAGCAGGAGCGGCAGCAGCAGCAGCAGCAGCAGCAGCAGCAGCAGGAAGAGGACGAGGGGCUGUGGCGGGCUUUUAGCUUCCGAGCACCGAGUUUUCGCCCAAGGCUUGCAGAGGACGAGGACGGGGAGGAAGAAGGGGAGCGCAGCGAGGAGCUUGCAGCGAUGGCGGGCACCAACGGCUGGGGACGGCACCACGAAGAAGAACCCCUGCUGGCGGAGCAGCAGGAGGGGCUCGGCUGGGACCCCGAGCUGCUGCAGAGCCCACACCUGCUGUGCAACCUUUCCAACAGGAGCGCGGCCAUGCAGGCCGAAAUCAGCAGCAUCGAGGGGCUUCAGCGGUCGCCUCUCUACCGCGGCCACGUCAGGUCCAAGGGCCUGACUCAUGAGAUGGCCACCGACCACCGCCUGCGCAUCUACAGGGCCAUGCGCCGGGCGGACCAGGAUGGGUUCACUGCGCUGCUGACGAGAAAGGACAUCACUGACUAUGAGCAGCUGCCGCCCCGCCGCGUCUUUGCCGCGCUGGAGCCCGUUCUGUCCGCAGCAGCCAUCGUCGGCCUGCUGCUGCUGCCGUCGGUCUCGGCCACGCUGUUCCCGCUGAGGAAUUCCCUGGCGGUGGUGUGGCUGGCCGUGACCCUCUUUGCCGCAUCCCGCGGCUCCGCCUCCGCGGCCGGCUGGCUGCUGGGCAUCUUCGAGACCCGCGGGCCGCACCAGCUGCCCGCCAGCUUCUCGUGGGUGGUCUGGUGCUGCCUGCUGGACUGCGCCUUUGUCGUCGUGACCUUCGGGCUGGGCGCGCUGCCGAACGCCGUGUUCCGCUUGCUGUGGGGCCAGGGGGUGGUGGAGCGGCUGCUGGGGCUGGUUCCAGCCGUCGAGCGGUCCAAGCCCGCGCGCAUCGCCGCCGCGCCACGGUCUGCGCGGCCUUCAAGCGCCGGCGGCGGCCGCGCGAGCGCGCGCGCCUCGCUCGGCGGCGCGGGCGGGAGCGUGCCGCCGCGCGGCGCGGCGAUGACGCCGCGGCGGCUGGGGUAG